ACAUACAAUGUUCUACAUGGUUGUUUUGAUUUUCUGUAAUGUAGGGCAAAUCCGAAGUAUUCCGUAAUAUUCUGUUCGUGGUAAUUUCGGAAGGCAACAGAGACGAUUUACUAAAAGUCUUGUGUCAAAUAUCGCCAGUGUACAGGACCUCUCAUAGUUUUUAAGGAUGGCAGGGUUGGCAGCCAGCAGAGAGAAGCGCAGCAAUGCCGGUGCCAAGAUGGCUUCACUUCUUGAAGCAGAAGAUGAUGAUGACUUUUACAAAACCACAUAUGGAGGAUUUAAUGAGGAAGAAGAUGACCGAGAGUACGAGUCAGAGUUUUCAGAGAGUGACUAUGAUGACUCAGACAUAGAUAUUGACGAGGCUGAUGAGGUGCGCAGUGACAUGGAGGACGAGGAACCCAAGAAGAGGAAGAGAGGGGCUGGUGUCAGCACUAAGGCUUACAAGGAACCAGCUCAGAAGAAAACAAAAGAAGGAGAGCCAGAAAAGAAGCCAAAGCCAGCGGAGAAAAAGAAGCCUAAACCUCCCCCGUCCAUUCAAAUCUAUCAGUCCAGCCCAGAAAAAAAGAGUUUGCGCAAGUCCACCGCAGAUCGGUCCAAAGAGCGUGAGGAGCGUGAGAAAGAGAGGCAGUUGAAGGCACAGAUGCUAAAGGACAUCGCAACCCAGAAACGUGUCGCCGAGGUACGACGUCUCACCCAGGAGGAGCUGUUGGAGGAGGCCAAAAUCACAGAGGAGCUCAAUAUACAGUCACUAGAAAACUAUCAGAGAUUGGAGCUUGAGAAGAAGUGUCGUCGGGCCAUAAAGAACACACAGACUGGUCCAGUGAUCCGGUACCACUCCCUUACUAUGCCUCUCAUAGAAGAAUUGCCAGAUGAUGAUGAAGAGGAAAACAAAGCAAUGGAAGAGUCCAACGAAAAAUGUGAGAGGACAUUCAUCACCUUCACAGAUGAGAGACUUGUCAAGGAAUAUUUUCCUGGCAAGAAAAACAAGCUCCCUCUUCGACAGUUCUGUCCCGUUACCAGGCUUCCAGCCAAGUACUUUGAUCCCAUAACAAACACGCCCUACGCCACUCUGCAAGCGUUCAAGAUCAUACGAGACAGCUAUGCUCAACAGUUGCAGAAUGAAGGACACAGGAAAUCAAGAGGAAGUUUUAGUGACCUUUCAUCGGAGGUAGCAAUUAAGACCUGAUGAAUUGCGAAUAAACUGAUUUCAGCAAAUAUAACGUGAACAGCUCGGGUGUUCUUAUUUAAAAGAAUGUCUUGUUUCUGUUAUGUCUCCAUUUCAAUAUGAAGCAGUUUGACUUCUAAGAAAAUGUGUUCAUACGGAUACAAUGUUGGAAUAAAAAACAGUAUCAUAGACAAAAAAAAUGUAUUUCAGAAUGGCAAAACUGUGUGUUGGGUUUGUUUUGUUUACAUGUACAUGUUUUAUACUUGUAAUACAAAUAUGAGAAACC